AUGGAACUGAAAGAGAUUACUGCUGACAAAAUCAUUCGACCAUUAAACCACAAUAAGGUCAUAAGUUUGAUCAUUCGCCUCACAGCAUUUGGUGCAGCAUUUGGUACAUUUGGUGCAGUCACCUUUUUUACAGUAAAGUGGAUGGUUGAUGCUAUUGAUCCAACAAGAAAACAGCAAGCUGAGGCACAAAAACAGGGUGAGCAGUGCAAAAAAAGAUUGAAGUGCCGAAAAGUAAAGCUUUCUGAAUAUGAGAUGAACAUUGCAGCUUAUCUUCUGGAUCCAUUGACUAUGCAGAUUACAUGGCAUGACAUUGCAGGUCUGGAUGAAGUCAUAACUGAACUGAGAGACACCGUUAUAUUUCCAAUCCAGUACAGAGAUCUGUUUAAAGGAACCAGGCUUCUUCAGCCACACAAAGGUGUGUUGCUGUAUAGGCCUCCAGGCUGUGGGAAAACUCUUAUAGCCAAAGCUACCGCCAAAGAGGCUGGAUUCCGCUUCAUUAAUCUGCAGCCUUCCACUCUCACUGACAAAUGGUAUGGAAAAUCCCAGAAACUAGCUGCAGCAAUGUUUUCACUGGCCAUCAAGUUACAACCUUCUGUUAUCUUCAUUGAUGAGAUUGGUAAAUGCGUGGAGUAUGCUGUGGAUUUUGAUGAAAUUGCAAAACAGACUGAUGGGUUCUCAGGAAGUGACCUUAGAGAGAUGUGCUGA